AUGGCUACGGAGCAUUCUGUUAUCGAAUUCCUCCAACCGAACGAGCUAUCCUCGUGUGGCUACUGCAAGGGCACACGCGGAAACACAUCGCGCAUAGGUUGGUUGGGAUUAAAAGACAACAACGUUCAGUGUUCAUAAUCGUGGUCCAGUGCUGCUUUUUCACUCCCUCUUUCCUAUUCUCAGUUGUCCGUUUUAAGCUGCCGUACAGCAAGGACAGAUGCCGGCUCCGAACGCGGAAGGAAGUGGAUCCGGAGAAGCAUCCGGACAAGAUGCGCGAAAUAAAACUUCUAUUUCAACCGGUAUGGGGCUUCUGAAUGCAUCACUUUAACAUCUUUUUGUCUUUCUUUCUCUUUGUGCUCCCACCUUUUUGUUCGUUUCAUGGCUCCAUCUAUUCAGCGAUGCUUAUUGUACGAAUAACUGCCGAUAAUUUCCAAGACUUUGAGGACGCCGGUUGGAGCUCGUAAGUGGUCACCUCGUCCUUCUUCUCCUGCCUUCUUCAGUUCACUCCAACAAACAGCCGCAUAUAUUCCCAAUUCAAUUCAGAAUUAUCUGUUCUUUGACGCAUGAUAAAAAACGCACGAAAAACUGCUCCAUCUAUUCAGUUUAAGUUUGAAAAGUUUACAGGCAGCGCGUGGGCGCACAAGCUGCUCAAUGGGGACUACCUCGAACUGUUGGAUUUGGGCUGGAGAAGGUGGGAAGAAGUGGGAACCUCCCCUGGAGGCGGAAGAUCCCUCCGUUCAUACUGUUCCCCACUAACUCGAUGCAUUUCAGAUCAGGACGGUAUUUGUACAAACCGAACAACUCGGUUACAUGCUGCCCGCAGUACACAAUCCGUCUCGACACCACCCAGUUCAAAAUGUCGCGAAGUCAGAAGCGAGUGAUGCGGCAGAUGAACGAGUUUCUGAAAACGGGCAAACGCCCAGCACAUGCUGUUCGUGAGGAAGAUCCGGUGAAGAAGAGAGAUGAGCAACAGAUGCACGCGGAGGAGGCUUCACCUACUGGCGCCGCUGGAGGUAAAGUCGUGUCGGAAUCUCAAGAGGGACAGUCGGAGAAGCCUCCCCGGGACAAGAAAAAGAAGCAGAUCAGAAGGGAGAGGUGGGAGUUGUUUCUGUUUUUGAAAUAAAACAACAAUAAACAAUUUUUUAGAUUCGAGAAGAAUUGCCUUGAACGCAACAUCGACCCGGAAGCCAUCCGAGAGAAGCGUCGUCAGAAAGAAGAGGCCCGUCGACGCACUAUCCAGUCGUACAUUGACGAAUGGAGGCCAGACUGGAAGCACAAGAUGGAAGUUAAAUUGGUGGAUACGAAGACGGCGGAAGCGGACGCCCGUUCGCAGGAAUCGUACGAUUUGUACAAAAAGUAUCAGCGGGUAGUGCACAAAGAAGAGGCCAGGUUAGGCGGAUGGAGACGAUUUCUGAGUGAUUCGCCGUUGUUGAAGGAGCAGAGAAAUGGGUAAGAGAAGCGAUUCGUGUCUGGAUUCCAGUGCUCUUUUUGUAGAAUAACUCUCGGCUCUUUCCAUCUCUGGUUCCUUCUCGACGAUAAAAUCAUCGCCGUGUGCGUCGUCGACUUUCUUCCGACGUGCCUCUCUGCCAAAUAUAUGUACUAUGAUCCCGACUACUCAUUCCUUUCCAUUGGUACUUAUACGGCACUCAGGUGAGAUUCAAACGACGGAGAAACUUCUGAGCUUCUGGUGUUUUUUCAGAGAAAUCCAUUUUAUUCAAACACUGCCACAGACGGAGCGCCAGCUCAUUUACUACUACAUGGGCUAUUACAUCCAUUCGUGUCCUAAGAUGCGCUACAAGGCUAAGUUCCAUCCGAGCGAUCUGCUUUGCGAUCAGUCUCUCCGUUGGGUGCCUUACGAGGAGUGCCGUCGGCUUCUCGACGCCUCAACUUCUGAAAAUGGAUGCGUCGCCUUCUGUCCUCAAGCCCAACGUCCUCCGUCCUUGCACACAGAUGAUAUGACCAUCAUCGUUCACCAAGUACUCACUCCUUUCCCAAUAGCUAUCGAGGAACACGAAAACGCCGAUGAAGCCAGAGCAGUCGCCGAGCAAGUUCGUCAUGUCGCAACGCUUCUGUCGCCGAAACUCGAUGACGUCUACUUUUGGUUCAGCGAGUUCAAUACAUAAAUCCUUGUACAAGCUUGUAUCUACAUCCACUUAAAUACUACGUCAAUCGUUCUUUAAUUUAAAUGCCGUUCAGUUCCGCUCCCCGGUGUAUUAUCAAUAAUGUUCGUAUUUAGAAUUAUGAUGGUUAUGUAUUCAAAUGCUAUUUUCUCGUUAUUCUCAUGAACUUUAAGGAAAUAAAUGAUUUACGGGAGUUUCUGGUUCUUCGAAGCGUGCGGGCGCCUGUGCAAAUACCGGAACAUACGCAAUUGCGCGGCAUUUCAGUUGCUUGCAGACGACCGACGUCGACGUGUACGGUUGAGUAGCCACUGGGUUUUGAUCGCUCUUUGUCACUCAUUAUUCAGUAUUUUUUCACACGGAAUCUCAAUUACGAACUGACUGAUUACAGAGAUGACCUCAACACGGGUUCUCCUCGUGCUGCUCGCCGCCGUCGCUUGCGUCGCGGCUCAGAAUAAUCCGAUUUUCAAGAAGUGGGUUGAAAGAGCCUGAAGAUUGCUCAAACUGGAGCAAUAUUCGGGAAGACAAUUGCUUACAAAUAUUUUAAAAGUUCUAGGUUCGAGUACAAACAUUCGUUCCGUGCUCCGAACCUCGCGCAACGAGAUGGAUCGAUUCCAUUUUGGAUCGUGAGCGGGGACGCAAUCGCUUCUGGAGAGCAGCUCCGUCUGGCUCCAUCGAUGAGAUCUCGGAAGGGAAUUGCAUGGAAUAAACGGGCGUUCACGGAGAGCGAGAACUUCCAGGUAUCCCUACUUUUUAAUUCAACCGGUCAUUUCUGAUGCUUCCAGGUCGAUAUUGCGCUGAAAGUGGGCGGACAAGGACGUUUGGGAGCUGAUGGACUCGGAAUCUGGUACACUUCUCAGCUCGGAUCCCUCGGACCAGUGUUCGGAGCCAAUGAUUUCUGGACCGGAAUGGGAUUGUUCCUCGAUUCGUUCGACAACGAUGGACAGAAAAACAACCCGCAAGUCUCUCUGAUGCUCAACGACGGAACCAGAUCCUACGAUCAUCACACCGACGGAUCGCAGCAGAUUCUGUCCAGCUGCCAGCGUGACUUCCGUAACAAGCCGUAUCCAGUGCGUAUUCGCAUCGAAUACCUCAAGAACGUGCUGACUGUUCACAUUGACGACGGAAUGCAGCCAACGCCGCGCUACGAACUGUGCAUGCGCUCCGAGAACAUCUUCCUCCCACGUAGCGGAUACUUCGGAGUGUCGGCGGCCACCGGAGGACUUGCCGACGAUCACGACGUUCUCGACUUCUCCGUUUUCUCUCUGUUCAACGAACAGCAGAAGCCGUUGCCAGUGGCCGAGCAGAUUCCGCAGCAGGAGAAGCAGAAGUACGACGAAGAGUUCGAGAGACAAAUGAAGGAGUACGAGCAGGAGAGAGCCAAGUUCAAGGAGCAGCAUCCGGACAAGGUGAAGGAGGACGACGAGUACGAUCCGAACAAGUACUACGAGGACGCCACCGCCCGCGAACUUCGUCUCAUCUACGAGUCACAGAACGCCAUUCAUCAAGUCAUGCAGAACAUGGAUCAAAGAUUGGCGCAGAUUCAACAGGCGCAGCUCACCGGAAGCGCUGCCGCUGUGCCCCAACAAGCAGCGGGAGCGGCUCCAGUGCAGGCGGCAGCCGGAGGAGCUAGCUUCCAACAGCACGAGAAGAACGAAGUAAUCACUUCGCUUCGAGACCUCACUCAAUCUGUUCGAGACAUGAAGCAGUACGUAAAUGAGAUCUUCACGAAGACGUACAAUAUGGAGCAGAAGUUGACCCAAGGAGGCGGCGGCGGUGCAGCAGCUGGAGGCGUCGACAGCAGCAUGCAUCAGAAGGUGGACUCACUGCUCAACGAGCUCAGGACAGUGAGAGCCACUCAGAUUCAGACGGUUAGCAUCUCUUGAUCUUUCCCAUCAAACUAUCUUUGCUUUCAGAGCGGUCCCGGAGCGGCUGCGAACUGUCCGAAUGUGUCGUGCGUCUCUUCGACCAUUUUCCUGGCAAUCAUCUUUGUCCAAUCCGCCAUCAUAGUUGGCGUCGUCUAUGUGCGAAGCAAGCAGGACAAAGCCAAAUUCUACUAA